UUAUUAUUUAUUGUUCGCACGCUCGCCAAAUUUCCCGGGGGCUACCUCUCCUUCGCUUCUGCCGCCGAGCCAUGGUCUACAUAGCUUCCUGGGAUGAAUUCGUCGAGCGUUCUGUGCAAUUGUUCCGCUCCGAUCCUAAUUCCACGCGGUACAACGUAAAGUAUCGACACUGCGAUGGGAAACUGGUUCUUAAGGUCACCGAUAACCGUGAGUGUCUUAAGUUCAAGACUGACCAGGCACAGGAUGCCAAGAAGAUGGAAAAACUCAACAACAUAUUCUUCACUCUGAUGGCCCGGGGCCCCGAUGUGGAUAUAUCAGAAGUGACGGGCAAGGACCAGGUUGAUGCACAGCCAACCAAGAAAGGAAGGGGGAGGAAGCAAUGACUUCACAUUGCCUACUGCACGGAUAGGUUUAUCGUACUUCUCUAAACUCAUUGAUGAAGUAUAGUCUCUAUUUACUAUUUAUUUAGUUAAUCUUCUCGUCUUGCUUUUUUCAGAAUCGAUUAUUAAAGUUCUGGAGUAAAUUUACCAAUGCCGUCCCUUUUUUUUUUCCUUUUUAAUUUUGGCAUGCAGUUUGAUUGUAAUACAUGAUUUUUCUUCAAUAUUGAUAAACAUUUUCACAAGUUC